AAUGUAGCAAACAAAAACAGUCACCAGUUGCUCAAAAUUCAAUAAAAUAAAGUAACACAAGUAUGAAAAAUAAUUAUAAAUUUCCCAAUAUGUCGCUCAGCUGGAAAAACUUUCCCAAACUUUUGUUGGUAUUGCCUGUGCUGCACGUUGUGUUCUCCGCUGUUAUCAAAAUAGAAUCGGCCGAACAGAAACGCAUGCGGAUUUUGGCUAAAACCAAUGUGGAGACCAUUGCUGCGGUCAUGAAGCGGCAGAAGGAGGACAUAAAAGAGUGCUAAAGCCACACACACACACACACCCUGUAUAGAAAAAAGAGUUACCCCAAAAGCCCACACCAAAGCAAACCCCUUCGAAAAAGAGUUAUCGACACAAGUGAAACGGAAGCAGAGUCAAGGUGCAAAGCCCAAAAAUCAUUACACCUGUUCCGAGGUAGGGGAAAAACAAAGCGAACGCCGAGCAAGAUGUGAGUGUAGAAAGCGUGGAAAUCGAAUGGAGAAGAGACCCAAGAGAGGGAGAGAAAGAAACAGACCCCGUUGCAUGACAGUCCCCGAAAAUUUAACGCUCAUAGUUCUACGUCAAGCAGAAGGGUUGAACAAAGUUGUCUUUUGGGUCUCUUUAUAUUUUU